AUUUACCCACCAACUGUUAGGAAGAGGUUAUAUUUAAAAGAAACCGUGUAAAUCGUGCUUUUGAAAGUUUUGAGAGAUUUUCGAUUUUCAUAUAUUUGAAUAUAAUUUUAAAUGUCGCAAACAGGCACCGACGAAAGCGGUACACCACCAAAGCUUAAGAACAAUCUGGAAAAUCAAACUCUGCGCGAAUCAAGCGUAAGACGUAUUGAAAAGGUGAAUAAAAACUAUUACAUCAACAACUGGUUGCACAAAAAUUCAUCAAGUAGUAGUAGCAAUGAUAUCCCUACAAAUAAUACAAAGAAAUCAGUUUCUACAAAAGAAACAUCUUGCAGUUCCUCAUCAGCAUGUGUGAGCAAACCUGUGCAAGUUGAUAAAUCUCCUGCUAAACCCCAAUUAUUUCCUGCUGGAUAUAAUUUGGGUUCUGUUUAUUCAAAAAGUAAAGGCAGUGGUAGUACAAACUCCCGAAAAUUGCAUGCUUCAACUAAGAAUUCACCACCAAUUAAAAAGAAUAUUGAAAAAAUUGAUCAAGAACAAACAAAAACUGAUACAAACAAUACACAAGUGAAUUCUGAGCAAUCCCCACAAGUAGAUUCUGAAUGGAAAGACUUAUUUGACAAACAGGAUGAAUUUCAACAUAAAUUUGCAAGUGGCAAUCAUUCCAAUAACCAUUCAAAAAUUAAAAAACACAUUAAACACGCGCUUGGUCUAUGCAUGUGCGCUGAAUGUGAGCAAGACAUUCCUGCAGACUUAGUCUAUCCUGAAGUAGAAAAAUUCUCAACACGCGAACCACCAGAACGUAAACGGCCACCACCCUUAAUGAAAGCCAAUGAUUCUCAAAUCACAUCUGUGAUGACUGCUCCAGUAAAACGGUCUCAAGCAUUAGAAGGUAACAAAACAGCAGUAUUAACACAUGGUCAUACAGUACCACAACCACAGGAUGAAAUCAACAAAACUAAUUUACUGCCAGCCGUACAGGAGAAGUUAAAACGCGCUGGAUACGAACGCAGUAAACCUGUGCAAUCCUUUGGAUGGCCUGCAAUUAUGCGAGGAAAUAAUGUUGUGCUGAUUCAUAAGAAAGAAACUGGUAAAACUCUUACCUAUAUCACAGCAUUAUGUUCCUUCUUAAUGGAUCAGGAAGGUUUGUACGAUAACAUUCCGGAUAGCAAACGUUCUCCGCUAAUGAUUGUCCUGUGUAAUAACGCAACAAUUGCUGAAGAUGUUCACAUGAAGUUCGCUGAUAUAUUGAAAGGUAAUAAACUGCUGGAUAAUAUUUGGUUACCAUUGUUGCCGUUAUCAAAGAAAGACAUCUCGCAAUUUUUCGGUAGGAAACCACCGAAGACUUUUAAUAAAUCUAAAAGUUACAAACACAACAAAGCCGCCAUGAUUGAGUAUAAGUUGGAUGUUGUGAUUACAACCGUUGAUACAUUAAUUGUACUCUUAAAUGAUAAUAUCAUCGAUUUAAAGAGGUUGCGACAUUUUGUCGUGGAGAAUUUGAAUAUUAUUCUGGACAAACUGAAGAAGGGGUUUGAAUUGUUGUUGGGUGCAGUGGAUAGUAUGCUUUCACAUAGGAAUUGUUACGAUGGUGUGCAAUUUGUUUCCACUGGUGAGAAGUGGACGACAAAAGUGGAGGAGUUUGUCUGUCGUUUAGAUAACUUUCCUUUGAUUAUUAUUGGGAAUCCUAUGCAAGCGGCGCUUUAUGGCAGAGCACAGUUUCAUUUGCAGUAUGUGCAGAAUAAGCUGAAACCAGAGACAUUGAUAGAAUUAUUAAAGUCUACACAUUAUCACGUCCAUAAAUGUAUCGUUGUUUGUAAGCUCGAAGAAGUUAAAAUUCUCGAGGAUCGUUUUGCUACCAAAGGUAUUAGUUUUGUUUCAACCACUGAUGAGAUGACGGGUGGACAAGCGAUGGAGUUAUUGAUGUCUUGGAAAUCGACAUCGAGCGGCAAACAUAUUGUUUUAAUAUGCACCGAUAAAUCUCUCCGCCAAUAUGUAAAGAUAUCAAACGCAACGUUUCUGAUUAAUUAUUCGUUGCCACCUACAUGGAGUUUGUUUUCUCAGCGUUUUUCGAUUUUGAUUGAUAGCUACCAAUGUCCAUUGACAUCAUCAUACAGUCAGAAUAAAUUUAAUUGCCAUGUUGUUACUUAUGUUGAUGAAAACUGCCAAGAUCGCUUUCCACGCUUGUCGAACUUUUUUAAGGUGAACAACAUAAAAGUUCCCGAUGUUUUACUCCGGUUUUGUGAACAAGAAAAACAAAAAGAAGAACAAGAAAAUGUCGCCAACAACGCAAAAAUAUGCAAAUCAAUAUUUACUUACGGUGUUUGCGGUUCUCCCGAGUGCAAAGAACGUCACAUCUUCACACCGAAGCUCGAAACACCCUCAAAUACUCCAUCAAACGGCAAAAUAACUUGCAGGUUUAUUAAUAUGAAAGCCGUCAACCAGUAUUAUCUACAAAUUCUUGAAUAUAUGGAUCUCCAAGGCGAAACUCAUCAUAUUGAAGAUUAUUCCACCAAAGUAUCUGAAUUACUUAAAGAAAAAUCGGCGUUUGAACCGUCUGUGGACGCAAUUAAAGGUAAAAUGUAUUUGUACGCUGACGACAACCAAUUCAAUCGGUGUGUAAUUAAUCGUGUCGUUAAAUAUGUUUCAAUUGGUGAUACAAUGACUCCUGAUCCUCUUGAGGUGGAGGUUUUUGGCUUGGAAAAUGGAAUUAAAUUGACGAUUAAUUUUAACCAACUCUACAAGAUUCCUAAAUCUUUAGAGGAUAUUCCACCUAGCGUUGUUGAAGUUUACAUCUCACGAUUGAUUCCGCCCUUUAAAGAAUCUCUCUGGACACGCAACGCGAGCAAGACUGUCUAUACCAAGAUAAAAUCAUUUAAUAAGAGCACAAUUUGUGUGGGGAAUAUUUUACUGAGGCUUAACGAUACGAUUUGGGUGGAUGAUUUGCAACUGCGUGAAACAAACACUCCGUUUCCAAAUCGAUUGUCUAUAACACAGUUUUUAAAAGAUAGAAAUAUCUAUGACAAGUACGAAGAUUCUCUUGCAAAUCUAUAUAAGUUAUGUCUGGAUGGUGGUAUUUCUCUACCGGAAUAUAAAGUUUUCCUUGAGGAAAAACCGCUGCCGAAGUUAACACAAGCUGAAGCAAACUGGGCGUUUUUAAAUCCAGAUGAACUAAACGCUGUGUACUUUGUUGCUGCCACCUCUUCGGAUUGUCUUUAUGUGAGGCAAACCAAAUUUUAUUCUUUACUGAAAAAACUAGAGGAUAAUAUUACUUCAUCUCUGCAUUUAUUGAGAAGAAAACUGGAUAAAGACGAAAUUGUUAUUGGCUGUUAUUAUUGUCUUCCUGAUGAAGUCAGUGGGAAUUGGUGCAGAGUUAAGUUGAUUGAUGUGCAAGAUAAUAUAGCUAAAUGCUUUUAUGUUGAUUAUGGAGAUUUUGUGUCAGCACCAGUUGAAAAUUUGAAACUUUUAAGUGACGAAUUUAUAACCAAACUGCCAUUUCAAGCAAUUGAAUGUUCGCUAUAUGGUGUUCAGCCGACAGCAUCUUCGGAACUGAUUGAUGCGUUGCAUGAACAAAGUUACGAGGAGAAUACGGAUUAUUUUAAAACAUUGUAUGCGAUGAUUUUGUCUACUGAAAAAUCAGUUUAUGGUGAUAUGAAAUACAAGAUUAUGUUGCUUGAUUAUUACUCUGGCGAAGUUAGUUCAAUCAACAGCGUUCUGUUGAGGUUAAAUCUGGCUGCAGAAAUACCAGGAGAACGGCUUGAUGAAAUUGAAUUGUUGCCAAGUAGCGAGAUUCCUGAUGUUAGUCAUGAAGAGGAGUAUAUUACCAAUGAUGCUGAAAACUUUGUAGAGUUGAAAGAUGAUGACUUCGAUUUUAUAUCGUAUGAUUAUAAUCCGUAUGCAGAGGCUGAUAAAAUGGCGCUGAAUAAAACAGAUGAACCGUCGAAGGAUAAGCCCAAGGAAGAUAUUGGAUAUAUACCAAUGACAGCUGUUGUAAACACCAACAAGAAAUUACUUCCAAAGGUAACAUGGUAUCAAACUGAAUUGAAUAUAUUUCUUGAGUUCAGUUUCAUUGAUAAUCAAGAUUAUAAACUUUACAUCGUUCGAAAUCGGUUUUUAUCCUUUAAUUCGAUUUAUGAAGAUAAACACUAUGAACUGAGCAUAAAUCUUUAUAAUGCAGUGAGUAAGCAAUUUGUUCACGAAAGCAAAACGCACUUUAUCCAAGCAGUGUUGACCAAACAGAAAGCAGAAGAUUGGCCAAGACUUGUCAAGUCCGAGGAGAAAAUGUCCAACAUCAAGUACAAAUUUGAUAAAAUUGCAGUGGAUAGUGAUGAGGAUGAAGAUGAAGAUGAGAAAAAGAAUCUGCUGCAAUGUGAGGAAAUCGAUGAUGAAUAUUUUAAAGACGCCAUUUAUACAGCCGAAGGACACGUUGAAGAAAUAUGGUCCGAUUACGAUUCUGAUAGUGAUUAUGAAGCGCUUAAUGAAGAUUAGAUUUUAUAAGAGUUUGUUACCGUAGUUUAUACUAUUACGCUAAGACGACUGUAUUCGUCGGAAAUCAAUUUUUUAUUUUAAUAUUUUGUAUUUGACAUUUUUGAUAAAUUCUAUUUCAUA